CGCCUGUCCAGAGCUGCUAGAGUCUCCCGCCUGUCCAGAGCUGCUAGAGUCUCCCGCCUGUCCAGAGCUGCUAGUCUCCCCCCUAUGCUGAGCUGCUAGAGUCUCCCGCCUGUCCAGCGCCGCUAGAGUCUCCCGCCUGUCCAGCGCCGCUAGAGUCUCCCGCCUGUCCAGAGCCGCUAGAGUCUCCCGCCUGUCCAGAGCCGCUAGAGUCUCCCGCCUGUCCAGAGCCGCUAGAGUCUCCCGCCUGUCCAGAGCCGCUAGAGUCUCCCGCCUGUCCAGAGCCGCUAGAGUCUCCCGCCUGUCCAGAGCCGCUAGAGUCUCCCGCCUGUCCAGAGCCGCUAGUCUCCCGCCUGUCCAGAGCCGCUAGAGUCUCCCGCCUGUCCAGAGCCGCUAGAGUCUCCCGCCUGUCCAGAGCUGCUAGAGUCUCCCGCCUGUCCAGAGCUGCUAGAGUCUCCCGCCUGUCCAGAGCUGCGAGAGUCUCCCGCCAUUCUUCGACGGAAGAAAGCCGUCACAGUUACGAAAAAAGCAUACCAUGCAAUAAUCUAAAAUGGCGCUAAGACGUAACAAUAUUUCUCCGCCAUGUUUGAGUCAACAGCAAUACGAAAUUACAUCAUAAAUAUUCCCUUACCUUUGAUGAUCUUUCAUCAGAAUGCAGUGCAAGGAGUCCUAGUUCCACAAUAAAUAUUUGUUUUGUUCCAUAAUGUCCAUUACUAGUGUCCAAUUAGCUGCUUUUGCUAGCACGGUUAGUUCACAUGUUCAAAAUCUGGUGCUGGUCCAGGUGAACCCAGACGAAAACUUCAAAAAGUUAUAUUCUAGGUCGAAUAAACUGGUCAAACUAAGUAGAGAAUCAAUCUUCAGGAUGUUAUUUUCAUAUAUAUCCAAUAACGUUCCAACAUUCAUUUUUGUCUACAGAGUAAUGGAACGCAAGGCUAUAUCAACAGUAAUAUGCGCAACCAGGAACUGGCAUUCUGACAGACCACUAACUCAUUCCCCUCUUGUCCGGUCCCACAUCACACUAGAGGCUUCAUUCCACGUUCUACUGACUGUUGUCAUCUAGUGGAAGGCGUAGGAAGUGCGAACAGAUCCAUAUCUUGUUUGGAUGUGAAUAGGCGAUGACUUGAAAUUCAACCAGCCCCAGAAUUUCCACUUCCUAUUUGGAAGUUUGCCUGCCCUAUGAGACAAGAUAGUAGCUACUAACAAUUGGAUACCACGAAAUUGGGGGAAAAAAGAGGGUAAAAUAAAAAAAACACAUUUAUGAUGAGUAUUUCUGUAAAUUGAUGUCGCUCUCUGCAAAAUCACCGGAUGUUUUGGAAGCAAAACAUUACAGAACAGCGCGCCAAUGUAAACUGAGAUUUUUGGAUAUAAAUAUGAACUUUAUCGAACAAAACAUACAUGUAUUGUGUUACAUGAAGUCUUAUGAGUGUCAUCUGAUGAAGAUCAUCAAAUGUUAGUGAUUAAUUUCAUCUCUAUUUCUGCUUUUUGUGACUCCUCUCUUUGGCUGGAAAAAUGGCUGUGUUUUUCUGUGACUUGGCGCUGACCUAACAUAACCAUGGUAUGCUUUCUUCGAUUUUGAAAUCGGACACUGUGGUGGGAUUAACAACAACUUUAUCUUUAAAAUGGUGUAUAAUGCUUGUAUGUUUGAGGAAUUUUAAUUAUGAGAUUUCUGUUUGAAUUUGGCGCCCUGCACUUUUACUGGCUGUUGUCAAAUGAUCCCGUUAACGGGAUUUCAGCCGUAAGAAGUUAAUGCGUUAGAGCCAGCCAGUUGUGUUGUGACAAGUUAGGGGUGGUAUACAGAAUAUAUCCCUAUUUGGUAAAAGACCAAGUCCAUAUUAAGGCAAGAACACCUCAAAUAAGCAAAGAGAAACAUUUCAAGAACUUUGAAAGUUUCUUCAAGUCUAGUCGCAAAAACCAUCAAGCACUAUGAUGAAACUAGCACAGCCCAGUGCGGGCUAUUCCACCUCGCCGCACUGGCCUGGUUACGGGGAGCAUUCAACCAGGUAAGAUUGGGCAGGCUCGGUGCUCAAGAGCUCCAGUGCGCCUGCACGGUCCGGUCUACCCAGUGCCACCUCCAGCACCAGCCCUCCGGUGGCAGCCCCCCCCCGCACCAGGCUGUCUCUCCGUCUUCUGCCUACAGGUGUUCCCGCCUGUCCAGCGCUGCUAGAGUCUCCCGUCUGUCCUGAGCCGCCAGUCUCCCAUCUGUCCUGAGCCUGCUGAGCUGUAGUUGAUGAAUCAUCAGACACCGGCUUUAACCAACACCAGUUGAGAUCACCAAUCAAGAUCAUUUCACUAUAAAGAAGUUUAGACAUAAGGUGUGUCAAAGAAUAAAAUUCAUCACCGAGAGCACAGGGGGGGUCUAUAACAGCCAAUCACAGUUAUAGAGAGACCCUUUGAAACCUCAAUAUUCAAAGCAAGAAAUUCCAACUGUUUACAUAUAGCUUCAGACUUUGCCACACUUAUAGGGAAUUUAGUUUUUACAUAUAUAGCCACACCCCCACCUUUCUUAACCCGAUCAGUGCCAUAAACAUUGUAACCACAAAAACAGACUUGCUGAGCCAGGUUUCAGAAAAACACAAUUACAUCAACAUCAGUUGAUUUAGCCCAAAUCCUAACCCCAUCAAUUUUUGACAACAGGAUGUGUACCGUACAUUUAAAUUAAAAAUACCAAAACCAGAUCUUGAUUUAAAAUCAGAGGGGGUUUGGAGACAUUGCAUAUCAGGGCCAGGGUUAGGUUGCACGUUACCUGAUAUCAACAAAAGAAUAACUAGGCACCUCGGUUUAAUAACCUUUGUAGGGCUUCUCUUUUUUAAGAGACCUACCGCAAGCCAAUUCUAGAAUGUGCGUAUUUAGGGCGGCAGGGUAGCCUAGUGGUUAGAGCAUUAGACUAGUAGCCGCAAGGUUGCAAGUUCAAACCCCCGAGCUGACAAGGUAAGGUACAAAUCUGUCGUUCUGCCCCUGAACAGGCCCUCAUUGAAAAUAAAAAUGUGUUCUUAACUGAUUUGCCUAGUUAAAUAAAGGUACAAAAUAUAUUUUUUUAAAUUUGCGUGUGAGUAGAUUGGGUAUUGAGGUCGUAGGUACAACUGUAAGCAUUUCCGUUCUCAAAUGUCUGUUUAAUGUGAGAAACUAAAUGGGAAAACACCUGUUAGACCAUUACAAUGCGCACUGUCAUGCAAUUUUACUAUGACCAACAAGACAAUGAAGUGAUACGUGCCAUGGAGACUUAUAACGGAUACUUUCCAAACACCAAAAGUUCCCACGCUGAGCGAUACUGUUUACUACACCAUUGUGCAUACAAUCCAAGUCAUACGUUUAUUGUCAUUCAUAAUCUUAUUUUUAACCGAAUAUCUUUGCAAAGGUGUUCCUUGUGUCAAUUCAGAGCUUGGAAAUAUUGGAAUAAUGUGCUUAAGAGGACUCUCAAGGCGCACAACAGGAUAACACAACAACCACAUUUUCAAUUGACAAUCAUUGCUUAAAUGGAUGUGGUCGAUAGAUCUGUAUAGGUGUAGCAGUGUGAUGUUGUUCCCCUAGAUUAUGCACCAAAUUGCACACAAGGACCAAUUCAAAUCGGCCAGGUCAAGAGGGGAUGUUAAUAAUUUGAUAAUAAUAAUAAUUCAGUGUAUUUUUUUUAUUGAAUUACAGCUGCAUAGCUAAUGUUUUUCUUUGGUGUAAAAACACUUUUUCAUAUCAAUAUUGUACAUACAUGUGAUUGUAUAUUUUGGUUUGGCCCAUCGCGGGUUUACUGCAUUUCCAUACCCCCUUAUUUUUCCCUUUUGCCUGACCUUCAGCUUGCAAGGUACGUUGUCCUUGGCUCCGAAAUUGUUCAAUAUAAAACCGUGGUAAUCUUACACAAUGUACUGUUAUGCUACCAUAAGUUUGUUACAAUGCGGAUAAUAUAAAGAUGUAUGUUAACAAGGUCACAAAGCUCGCUAACUGGGGUAUCUAUUGUAACUUGUGAGUACUUGGGACAGUGUUUGAGUGAGUGUCCAUGUGCUUGCGCAGGUGCCUGAGAGCAAGGACUGCGCCAAGGGUUAACAUAAUGUGUGUUGUCUCUUCGUGUGCAGGGCAAAUAAACAAUUCUUAAACUAGCAGACCUCCAGUUGUGGCAGCGUCCUAAUUUAAAGUACACAACGCAGAACGAACCACGCAACAUAGGCAUAUACAAAUAAUGUAUUUAACUUGUAAACCAAGAUUGGAUUAGUUGGUCUAAGCAACAUGCACCUGGAUAAUCGCGUCAUGAAUCGGGAAAUGCUCCUAUAUCCUCAUAUACACAUUAUGACAUAAUUAAGAGUUUAAUCGUUCACGAAAUAAAGACAUAGAAGCAUACCCAUUUAUACAGGUUCUACACAUUCCAUUUCUCCAUGGUAAUAUAAUGUAAACAUUCUAUUUUGCGCCAAACAUCGCCUACAACUCAAUUCUAAGUGCAGCAUAUUGGACGACUCCACAGUCAUUGAUCAUUCGCGACUUUAAGUCAUUCCUGCUAUCUCUAGAGCAUCCCGUGUAUCUAUAGCGCUGCAUUUCUUCCCCAUCUUACCAUGGAUAGGGUUUGGUGCAUUCCGGAGUUCACUUAUGGUCCCACAAAGGUAAUCUUAGGAGAAAUUCAUUUUAGCAUACUGUAAAUGCCUGUGCAUAAUGUGCAUAACAGAACAUCAUUAUUUUCAUUAUCUUCAAAGGAAUUCUGUAGAAGCAGCCUUUAUUUUCAGACUCUGCAGGCCUGCUGGGAGGAAACAUAUUACAAUAAACAGAAGAAGCUCAUGGUCCACUAUCUGCUGCUCCAGAGUCAAGGCCAGGUCCCGCCCCAUGUCACCACGGAGCACAUGAGCAACUGGCUGGUGUCUCAGGGCAAAAAAUCCCUUAGGGAGAGGGUGUGGAAGGAAACCCUGGAGGAGGGAAACGACUUCGCUCGGCUGGCCUGGGAUGUAAACACUUGCCUAAAAAUGAUGAACAUAGAGCACGAGGCUUUCUGCAAGCUCCGCCGCUCUAUGCACCCCACCUCGCCAGCUGACGUCGAUCCUAAGGUCCACAGCAUCGUGGAGAGAGCUGUGAGGAGCAUUCUGUGCGAGGAGUCCAAUGAGCCCCGUAGCCCCCUGCUCAGCCCAUCUCAGUUGGUGGUGGAGGUGGUGCCCAGGCUCCUCCUGGCCCUGUGGUUUCAGCCAGAGGAAUGCCAUUCAGAGCACCCAAUCGUUAUAAGUGGGAUGGCCGUGGGCAUGGUGGCGGCCGUAGUGGAGAAGCUCUCCUGCAUGUUAAAGGACCCUUCCCCUCACAUCCCUUUCUCCCGGGCUGCUGCUUUUGACUCUGUGCGGUCGAUCCUCGGGAGAAUCAGUCAGUCCUUCUCCACCGAUGACCUGCAGAGCCCUUUUUAUAUGAGCUCUGUUUGUGCCUUUGUGGCGGACGAGGUGCAGAGCUGCUUCCAGCCCCCUGCAGCCACCCUACCAGUCCCCCCUGUCCUCGUGGUGGGUGUUUCCACCACAUUACCAGCUGACAUCCAAGCAGACCCGGCUUCUUCCCACCUAGAGGUUGUAGACAUCACCCCUAACACAGAGGCAGAUCAGGCUUUUUCCCACCUGGAGGUUUUGAACCAUACCCCAAAAACAGAGGCAGACACGGCUUGUUCCCACCUGGAGGUUGUGGACAUCACCCCUAACACAGAGGCAGAUCCGGCUUCUUUCCACCUGAAUGUUGUGGACACCAGUAACACAGAGGCAGACCCGGGUUCUUCCCACAUGAAUGUUGUGGACUUCACCCCUAAUACAGAGCCCAUCUCUUCCCUCUUGGAGGUUGUGGACGUCACACCUGAAGAAAGGACUCUCACCAUGGCCGUCUUCGCCACUCUGCCAGCUGACAUCCAAGCAGAGGAUGUUGCUGUGGUCAUCCCGGAUGUCACCCCACACGUCACCAAGGACGUGACACUGGAUGUUCCAUGCAGAGCUAGGAAAGGGGCAGUCCGGCGAUUAUUUUGCAGGCUUUGGAGGGCAGUGUGCUGCUGCGCCUGCCAUAAGGAAGAGGAGGAACAAUAUGAAUUAUUUAUCAGACCUUCAGAAAUGGGAUUGAACCAUAGACCAAUAAAUUAUUAA